AUGGCUGUAUGUCACCGCUGUAAGGGUAGGUGUCUGAUGUUCGCAUCAGCGUUAUUUAAUAAUAACAACAACGAUCCGGACACACCAACGUUUGCCAUGUUGAACAGCAGCCGUAAGCGGCCCAGUUCCGACUUUAUGGAUAUGGAUGCGGAUUUCAAAGAAGUUUUCAGUCCGACAAAAAUUGACUCUUGUCUCUCGUCGCCGUCCGUCUCCGACGACGUCAUAGAUUUAUCUGUCAGCGACCGUAAGCGUACGCACUUUUGCUUCGACGCGAUGAGUGUCAGAUCAUUGCAAGAGUCGUUGCUGUCGGUGUCGGUACCAUCGGUGGCGAAAACGAAGCUGGAAUCUCCGGUGGUCAGAGAGCGCAGCCACUCGGACAGCGACACGGUCAUCAUCGCCAAGCGGGUCACGUCGGAUAAGACGUCGUUCGAGGACGACAGCUAUAAACACCUGUAUAAAAAACGUCUGCUGCGAAAAUACACCAAUGAGUGCUACAGCGGUGCGACGGCGAUUACCACGACCAUUACUGACGAUGAUCAGGCAAUGCACAGCAACAGCAGCAGCAGAAGCGACGGCGGUGACAACGACGACAUAAAAUCGCUAGUCUCGUCGAAAGUGGUGCCAGCUGUAGCCGCCGUACCUAGUCGCCAUGGUGUCAUGAUCAGCGGCAUCUACGCCGAACUACGGACCAACGAAGCAGCGAUGAGACGCGUUUUACCUAGCAAGGGAAACUGCAUACUGCCUUGUGCCGGUCGCAGGUUGUUCGAAAACGGUCAGCUGACGACGAAGAAAACUCUCGAUUCUAACCGAACGGGUCUGAAGGCACAGUCAUCGUCCCAGUGGAAGUCGUACAAGUGCGCCAUAUGCACAAAGGCGUUUGGUCGCAGCGAUAUGCUGACCAGGCAUAUGAGACUUCACACCGGCAUCAAACCGUACGAAUGCCAUACUUGUGGCCAGUUGUUUUCGAGAAGUGACCAUCUGAGCACGCACAAAAGAACGCACACGGGAGAAAAGCCCUAUCAUUGCCCAUUGUGUGCUUACGCCGCUAGCCGCAAGGACCUGAUCACUCGCCAUGUCAGAACGCACAACCAUCUGAGGAAAAAGAAUUCUUGGAACAAAUACUUCGGAGUUGUUCAAGAAACGACCGAACAUCACAUCUGUAGUACGUUCGUUUCUGUCAUAAGACCUGUCGGCUCUGCGUAA